CUUGGAAUGAAACUGAUCGAUCCUCUAAAAGCCGUGUUAAGUUUCGAGUUGCAGUGAGGAAACGCUUGUGGGUUACAUCUUCCAGCCUUCUUGUCUUCACAAACUCCAGGAAAUUAACUGCAAGCAUUCACUGACCUCCAAUUACGGUGCACAAACACACGCUAUAAAAUCUCGAGCCGGCGGGUGGCGAGGGAAGAAGCACAUCGUUAGCUAGAAAUGGAGAGGCACGUCCUCGUCUUCCUCGUCCUCUGCACAUGCUUUGCUUCCUCUGUUUCCUCGUACUGCGACGACGACUACGACUCCGACUCCAGCGCUCCUGUUGUAGACACAGCAGCCGCACCUGCGCCUGCGUCCUCGGCAGGUAGCUACAUCGCCGUCGUAGACUUGCCCAAGGGCGAGAAGCCACAGCACUUCACCAUCAGAAUCCUCGCCUCCAUUCUCGGCAGCGAGGAGGCUGCUACGAAAGCUUUGAUACGUGUCUACGACUAUGCCUUCUCCGGCUUCGAAGCACGCCUCAGUCCACGAGAAGCCUCCGCACUAAUGAAGCAACCUGGCGUCCUUCGAAUCUUUCCCGAUAGCCAACUGGAGAUAUUCUAGCCUGAAUUCUGCGACGCGAUGAAGCUUUAUCGAUCUGUUUUCCCUUAGUUUGUGAUAAAUGUUUUGUAUAAACUUGAGUGGCAUCUUAU